CAAAUUGCUGAAAAAUGGCAAAGCUGUUAGCCCUGCUCGUUAUUCUCGGUCUGAGUGCACUGAUUAGUGGAGAGCGCAUCGUUAACUGCUAUUGGGGCACAUGGUCAAAUUAUCGGAGUGGCGAUGGAAAAUUCGAUGUAUCCAAUAUUGAUGCUAAUUUGUGCACUCAUCUGAGCUAUUCCUUCUUUGGCAUUAACAAUAAUGGGGAUAUUCAGACGCUAGACUCAUGGCUUGACUAUGAUUUGGGCUUCAUCCGUCAGGCCGUUGACCUAAAGCAUCAGAAUCCCCAUCUUAAGGUGCUCGCCGUCGUUGGCGGCUGGAACGAGGGUUCGGCCAAGUAUUCCGACAUGGCCGGUGACUGGAAUAAACGUCAGAAUUUUAUCAACUCUGCUUUGAGCCUGUUGCGUAACAAUGGCUUCGAUGGCUUGGAUCUGGACUGGGAGUACCCCAAUCAACGCGGCGGCAAAUGGGAGGAUCGUUCCAACUUUGUCACCCUAUUGCGCGAACUCAAGGAAGCUUUUGCACCUUAUGGCUAUGAGCUGGGCAUUGCUGUCGGUGCUGGAGAGGCGACAGCUGCCACCUCUUACGAGAUAGCCAACAUUGCCCAACAUGUCAAUUUUAUUAACGUGAUGACCUAUGACUUUGCCAUGGCAUCGGAUGGACAAACUGGCUUCAAUGCCCCACAAUGGGCCAUCGAGAAUGCCAUCAACUAUUGGCUGAGCCAAGGUGCACCCGCUGAUAAACUUGUGCUUGGCGUGGGCAGUUAUGGACGCACCUUCCAGCUAUCGGAUCCAUCACAGAAUUGGCCAGGUGCUCCAUGUCGUGGUGUUGGCGGUGCUGGCAUGUACACCGGCGAUGGUGGCUAUUUGGGUUACAAUGAGAUAUGCCAAAACAAUUGGCAUACGGUCUUCGAUGAGAACAAUGCAGCUCCCUAUGCCUUCUCCGGAGAUCAAUGGGUCAGCUAUGACAAUGUGCUCAGUGUGCAGUGGAAAAUGGAUUUCGCCCUUAGGAUGAACUUGGCUGGUGCCAUGAUGUGGUCCAUUGAGACCGAUGAUUUUCGCGGUCACUGCGGCGAAUCCUAUCCACUCCUGAAGACCAUCAAUAGAAAGUUGCGUUGCAGCAGGCAUAAUGAAUCCAAAGUCACAACAAGAAGCAUGAAGCUAUCAUUCGCAUGUCUGGUAUUGUCAUUGAUUUGCCUGGGUAUCCCCGGGCAAGUUGCUAGUAAGAAGUUAAUCAACUGUUACUGGGGUACCUGGGCCAACUAUCGUCCGGGCGAAGGUAAAUUCGAACCCUCCAACAUUGAUCCAUUCUUGUGCACCCACAUUAGUUAUACCUUCUUUGGGAUCGGCGAUUCGGGUGAGUUUAGGUCCCUGGACACCUGGCUGGAUAUGGAUGAUGGAUUGGGCUUUAUAAGUAAAACGAUUGCUCUGAAGCAGCAGAAUCCCAAUCUCAAAGUAUUGGCUGUGGUGGGUGGUUGGAAUGAGGGUUCCGCCAAAUACUCAUCAAUGGCGGCUGAUCCAGGAAAGCGUGCCACCUUUAUUUCCACCACAUUAGCCUUCAUUCAACAACAUGGCUUCGAUGGGCUUGACUUGGAUUGGGAAUAUCCUGCACAACGCGGUGGCGCUGCCGCAGAUAAAGCCAACUUUGUGACGCUCUUGAGAGAAAUUAAGCAAGCAUUUGAUCCUCAUGGCUUGGAGUUGGGCAUUGCAGUGGGAGCUUCGGAAGCCACUGCCCAACAAUCGUACGAUAUUCCCGCAAUUUCGCAGCAUUUAACAUUCAUUAAUGUGAUGACCUAUGACUUCCAUAUGGCACUCGAUGGCUACCUGGGAUUCAAUGCCCCAUUGCCUGAGGUGGAAGCGUCCAUCGACUAUUGGCUGAGGCAAGGCGCACCGGCUGAGAAACUGAUUCUUGGUAUUGGAUUCUAUGGUCACAGCUACCAGAUGGCAGACAGUUCUCAGAAUCGUCCGGGCGCCGCAUGCAUUGGACCUGGUGCGGCUGGUCCCUGGACCCGUGAAAAUGGAUUCAUGGGUUACCAUGAAAUAUGUCAAAAUAACUGGCAAACUGUAUUUGAUGCCGAAAGCCAAUCGCCCUAUGCCUUCCAAGGUAAUCAAUGGAUUGGAUAUGACAACGUCCAGAGUAUUGAGAUCAAGAUGAAACUUGUGGAUUCGAGGAAUUUGGGUGGUGCUAUGACAUGGUCCAUUGAGACCGAUGACUUCCGUGGACUCUGCGGUGAAACUUAUCCCCUGUUGAAGACAAUGAAUCGUGGGGUGGGUGAAAAUGUUGGCGGAGGGGGCUCAGGAGGAGGUGGUGGCGGCUCAGGAGGUGGUGGUGGAAGUGUGACUCCAACACCUACUCCUACUCCAGAAGGAGGUGGUGGUGGCGGCGGGGGCGGUGGUGGUGGCGGCGGCUCCAAUGAGAAUUGCUCCAAGGAUGGCUACUUCCUGCAUGAAAGCGACUGCAAUAAGUAUUAUCAGUGUGCCGGCGGCAUCCGCUACGAUUUUCAAUGCGGUGAAGGACUCUACUUCGACAAUACUUCUAAAAUCUGUAACUUUCCUUCCGAAGUCAAUUGCCCCUACUAAAAUUAUCAUAAAUAAAGCAAAAAUCGUCUAACAUUAAUAA